AUGAGAUACUCAGGAUUCUUCGCAGCUGCUGCUGUUGUGGCCGUCGCCAAUGCCCACACCACCAUCUGGAACGCUUUCGUCGAUGGUGUUGACCAAGGUGUUGGAAACAGCGCUGCUGGUUAUAUUCGAUCCCCACCAAACAACAACCCAGUCAAGGACAUCACUUCAUCGGCUAUGACUUGCAAUGUUAACAACGUUGCUACUGCCAAGACCAUUGAUGUCGCUGCUGGAUCCAAGGUCACAAUCGAAUGGCACCACGACAGCAACUCUGCUUCUGACGAUAUCAUCGACUCAUCCCACAAAGGUCCAGUCAUGGCCUACAUCGCCCCAACCGCCUCCAACGGAGCUGGCGAUGUCUGGGUCAAACUCGCCGAAGCCGGAUUGAGCGGAGGAAAAUGGGCUGUCGAGACCCUCAUCGCCAACAAGGGAAAGCACGAUGUCACCAUCCCAGCCGGUCUUGCACCAGGCAAAUACCUCCUCCGUGGUGAGAUCAUCGCUCUUCACGAGUCCGAUGUGGCAUACAAUGUGAACCCUGCGCGCGGUGCCCAGUUUUACAUGGAAUGUAUCCAAAUCAACGUUACCGGAGCCGGAGCCACCACGCUCCCAGCUGGUGUCGCCAUCCCAGGUACCUACAAGUACACCGACCCAGGAGUCGUCUUCAACCUCUACGGAGGCGCUACCUCUUACACAAUCCCCGGCCCAGCAGUCUGGGACGGUAAGACUGGAGGUGCCGCUGCCCCAGCACCAGUUGCCUCAUCCACCGCAGCCGUCAAGCCAACAACCGCCGCCCCAGUCGCAACCUCUGCUCCAGUCGUCGUGAAGCCAACCACCGUCGCCGCUCCAGUCGCCACCUCCGUAUCCAGCGCCGUCAUCGUCCCAAUCGCCUCUUCAGCAGUCGUCGCUCCCCCAGCUGCAACCGCCGCCCCAGCAUCCUCCACCAAGGACUCCUGCAAGAGCAAGACCACAGCCGCAGCCGUCUCUACCAAGGACUCCUGCAAAUCCAAGACCUCUGCUGUCGUCGCACCAACAACCCUCCAGACCGUUGCCGUCCCAGCUCCUUCCAAGCCAGCAGCUGCUGGUGUAGCCAUGUACGGCCAAUGUGGUGGACAGGGUUUCACUGGCUCUACUACCUGCGCCGCUGGUACUUGUACCGUCAUGAACCCUUACUACUCUCAGUGCAUUUAA